AUGACAACGACCCACGACGUCGCGAUGCGCGACUUUGGCUCGUCGGAACCGAAAUCACCCGUUCCACCAGAAUCGCCACAGGAACUCCGCCGCACGACGAGCAACGUGUCUACUGGGACAACAGGGACCCUUCGACACAGGAAGUUCUCCAGAUCAAAUACCGUGACAACUUACCAUGAAGCGCCGAUCGGGGAGAACUACGAACCUGGCGCGGAGCCUGGUGUCGAUACCAAUGCCGAGGAUGACCCGGAGCAUUUGACGAGGUUGAAAGCGAGGUGUGAGAUCAAUAUUAUCGACUUCUCGGAUGCCGGUGUGGAGCAUGUUAGGGCGGACAAUGAGAGUCUUGCAGGAGCGCUUCGUAAGCCACGCGUGGAAGAACUCCCUUGCCGCUGGAUUUCGGUCAAUGGACUCAGCUGGGACGUCAUCAAACAACUUGGAAGGAAAUACCACCUACACAGGCUAUCCGUGGAGGACUUGAUUCAUACAAAGACCCGCACAAAGGUCGAUUGGUAUGCAAACCACGCUUGUAUCAUCCUUACAUUACAAAAGCUGGUACGACUACAUCAGCACAACGGCCGGAACGACAAGAAUUGCAGCUGUAACAGCGAUUCGGAUAGUGAACAGAUCGAUGAGAAGCUUGACUUCAAUAGGCGGCGAAGGCCCAAGAGUAGAUGGAGCUACUUCACCGGCCAAAAGCAGCCUGAUGUGCUUCCUCGAUAUCUGGAUCGGGAUGGCGACGGGAAGAUCGACCAAUACGUGAAUGCACAUUCUGGAACGUCCGAGGAGACCCCUAUUAAACCAAUACGGACUCUGCAUCGAUACGAGAGCGCGAUGAUACCAGAGCACACCGCGUUCAUGGAAAAGCAUAGCGCACUUUCUCAGGAGAACUUCGCGGUCAGUGUUGAGCAAGUGGCCAUUUUCUUGUUGGCAGACAACUGCGUUAUCAGCUUUUUCGAGCACUCCGCUGAGGAUGUGGAGAGGCCUAUCUUGAAGCGGCUGAACAGCAAGGAAACGAUACUGCGGCGGAGUAACGACGCUUCCCUGCUGACUCAAGCAAUAAUCGAUGCUAUUGUGGAUCUGGCCCUACCGGUCAAGGAUGCCUACAACAAGGCCCGUAAGGAGCUGCAGAUUGAUGCUAUGACGAAACCAAACAUCCAAACCUCGCGUUCGCUGCAUAUUUUUGGCGAGGAGAUCGACAUGCUACAGAACCUAUUCAAGCCGAUCGUGCAUCUGGUUAAUUCGCUACGAGACCACCAUGCCGAAACACCGCCAUCGCCUCCGGCCGCCGGAACCCCUGGAGAGGCACCGGCGCCAACAUACCCACAAGCCAUCCCGGCCCCUUCCACGGCCUGCAAAGUCAAACGCGACCGCGAGGGUGCACCUAUCGCAACGAGACAAUUUUCCGAUUUUAGGAAGAUCGCCAUGAAGAGGACCGAUCCCACCAGCAAUGUGGUCAUCACUCCAUUGGCACACAUCUACUUUGGCGACGUCCUCGAUCACUGCAUUACCAUGAUCUCCGCCCUGGAGCAGAUGGACGCGAGUGCUAAUAACAUCUCGACGCUCAUUUUCAACACAGUCGGCGCGAAGACGAACAACUUCAUGAUGAUUCUGGCCAUCGUUACGGUAUUCUUCGCGCCGUUAACGUUCAUAUCAGGUUACUUUGGUAUGAACUUUGCUGGUGGCAAGGGGCUGGACCAUUCUUUCCACUUCUUCUGGUUUGUUGCCAUUCCUGCUUUGGUGGCAUUCAUGACGAUCGUCUUUGCGACAAUGCUGUGGGACAAUAUCCGGGACUUCUUGAUUCGAAGGGGAAUCAAAGCCCGUUGGCCAGGCUCGCAUAGGAGGCGAGGGUAG